GGGACUUUGGAAUGCUGGUCAGGUUGGAGUGCAGAGCCCUAGCUGUCAACAGCCUUCCAUUCCAGGGACAGACCGGUGGAGCCUUCUCCCUGCCAGGGCUUCAGGACCCUAGACAGCUCCCACUCUCCCCAAAGAUAGUCCUGCCUGAAGGAAACAGCCAAGGAGGCACCCAGAUGGAAGCCAGAAGCAAGUCACAGUUCUUGGCAUUCCUGAUGCUCUUCAGUGUGCUGUUCUCUCAGUCACUGGCCUGGCCUCUCUUUGGACCACCUUCUGCUGUGAGGUUGGAUGACAGGGUGCAGUAUGAAGGAGCAAGUGACCCUGACCAAGUCUCAUUAAAAGCAGACACUGACAUCUGGCAGAACGCCCUAGCAGAAAAUGACACACCCUAUUACGAUGUAUCCAGAAAUCCCAGGCACGCUGAUGGAGUUUUCACCAGCGACUACAGUAGACUUCUGGGUCAGAUUUCUGCCAAAAAAUACCUUGAGUCACUCAUUGGAAAACGAAUCAGUAACAUCUCAGAAGACCCAGUGCCAAUCAAACGACACUCGGAUGCAGUCUUCACGGAUAACUACACCCGCCUUCGAAAGCAAAUGGCUGUAAAGAAAUACUUGAAUUCCAUUCUGAAUGGGAAGAGGAGCAGUGAGGGAGACUCUCCAGACUUCCCUGAAGAGCUAGAAAUCUGAUGACUAGGCUCCUCUGAGCAGAACUGAAGAUCAGAGAAUCCUUGAAGGAGAACAGCCGAGUGGUUACAUUAUAAGUUCUACAUAUCUCAUUCAAGAAAACAGCUUCCAUAGAAAAACCAAAUAAAGUGUGUUGUGAAUAUUGUGGUUUCCUUUAUGUAACAACUGUGAUGUUUACAUUGUAAAUAUUAUUUGAGCACUCUAAAAUUCGUCCUUAGCUCAUAAAAGGCUUGUAAUUUCAUAUGCUAUAUAUUCUUUCUAAGAAAAAUAUAUUUAAUGAUAAGCGGACUCUAGAUUAAUUGCAAUUAUUUGAAGCUUUCCACAAGGGUAGCAAUAGAGGAAAAUUGAUGUGUUUAUUUAUAGCAUGUCCUUAACUAUUCAAAAGCACAGAACAGAUAAUCAGUGUGACUACGUCUGAAUGUUAAGCAGAGAGGCUGCUGUGUGAAAUAAAGCAAAAUAUCUAAGGGGAAUAACAAAAAGGAGUAUUUAAGGAAAGACACCUAUAAAAAGGAAUUUCACAAUUGUAUUUCUACAGUGAUAGGGACUCUAUUUCUCAUGGAUUAGGCCCUCCGACCAGGAUUUGCAGUCCCUAAAAGCUUCUUCGGAUCUGCUUCAGUUAAGAAAAGCCCAGCUUCAGAUAUGGAAGUUCUCCUUUCUGCUUGUCUUGUGGAUGUAUAAAUUAGAAGCUGAAUGGAAUACUUGAUUUCCAGUGAUAAAUACUCUGUCCAUAGUCACUCACAAUACUAUUUUGUCUUGUUGGCUUCCUUUGCUGAAAGUACAUUUGUAGACACAACUAUUUUUCCAAUGUGAUUGUAUGAAACUAAAGACAGGAAUAAAGAUCUUUGGUUAUCAUUGCAAA